AAAUCGCCAACGUUCUCAAGUGGACGCCAUUUUUCGGAAAUUUUUUUCGAGUGUCGUUGAAACACCCAUUUGUGACGUCAAAAACCGUCUCAUGUGACAUCAUUUUUUGAUAACGAAAAAACAAAAUCGCCGAAACUAAAUAGGUAUAAGUAUAAAAUUACGCGUACCUCUCUUAUCACUUGCAUAACAUACAACGCAACUAGCAGUACUACAGCUACAUAAGCGAAUAGUGUCGAGCGUCGUUUGAUAAGACUACGACUACUAGUCUACUAGUGAUUUAAUUAACAAACGUUCGUUCAAGUCGACGUCGUCGUCGUGUUCCGUGUCCAUAGUUUUUUCAUUCAUCGUCAUCGUUUCCGUUCCAGUUUUGGAAUUUUUUUCUCGGAAAUUUUGGAUCGUUCCAAAAUUUUCUCCAAGAUGGUGACCGCUGGAAGAUGUGGAUUUUGCGAAACAUGCUUCAUUCUGGCCUCCAUCGCAACAUUAGUGCAAAGCAGAUCGUUUCAAGAAGGUCCCAAAAGGUCAGAUGCAUCAGAAUAUGACUCCCCUAUGGGUUUUGGCCUGCUGGAAAAUACCGAUAACCUGAACACCAUGGAUCUCAAAACGAAUCCCAUCAGCAGCAAGAACGACUUGAAUAACAAUAACGCUCAGCAACCGCAGCUCUACGAUUACGAUACGACCGAUCAAAAUAAACCAGAUUAUGUUGAAUUUACAGAAAAACAAUCGUCAACCGAGGGCUGGUGUGUUGUUUGGUAUCUCGGAGCAUUCGGAAGCCUGGUCUGCUUCUUUUUGAUAAUCACCUGCAUGGAGUUAUUCUUCCGUAUGCCUUUAUAUCGUCAAAGUCACUUGCAAGCUUUUAUACAGAACUUACACAACGAAAACAAACCGUAUACUCCGGAAUCGCCGCCACCACCGUACCAUCUUUUCGCCCCACCUGAUUACAACGAGACUGUCCAAAAAGCUGCAGAUGAUAAACGUAAAACAUUGGAUAUUUUCGUCAUACCGAUCUACCAAGGACCAGCCAAAACUCCCAUGCCGGCUGUUGUCCAGCAAGUAUAAGCGGAUUUGAUCUUAUGACCCUAAUGGAAUAGGGUGAUGGUUUAUUUUCUAUUCGAUUUACUUAUGCUCGGAGGUUCGAGGAUGAGACAGAUUCGUCGAAGAUCUCGGCUUCGUGGUGGCUUGUGAAGCAUCCAAUAUGACAUUUGAGCGAAAUGUCGCCGUCAUAUACCUACACCUACCUACCUAACAUCAUUGUAGAGUAUCGAUCAACAGUGGAAAAGUUCGAUCGAUGAGAGAUUUUGAGAAUUCCUAAAAAAGAAAUGUAUACAAUAAUAUUGUUGUACUUGCAGGUACACCUUUUUUAGUCCACAUAAUCAUACCAACCUUUGAUUUUUUAAAAAUGUAUAUUCGCGUGACGCGUGUUGAUCGUCGACGUGAUUUAUUAUAUAUACGAAUUUUGCCAUCAUUUUCAAUCUAUGUAUCUCUAAAUAAUCGAGCUAUUCUCGUCGCCUAUCGUAUAGUUUCUCAUUAACGUGUAUAUUAAUCUCGCAUGUGUUUGCGUUGAAAAAAACACUCACUAUAACAUACCUACUACCGUAAAAUAUAUAACGUUGUUUCGAGAAA